CAGGGGCAGGUUGGGGUCGCAUCCCCAGAACGAGCACUUCCCGAUUUAUUUCAUUUCUUCCAGGCGACACGACACACCCCCCCCCCCAGGCUGUAAGACGCCGACUCCUCCGAUUCCCACCGUCGGGCGAGGAGCUGGGAGCAGCCUCUCAGGAUGGGAGGCCGGCGGUCUCCGUUAGAACCGGGAGCACCGUGCCAGGCAGAGUUAUGGGGUGACCUCGGGGUACUCGAAGAAGAUGAGGAGCUGGAGGGUUUCAGGCGGGAGGUGGAAGUUCUGCGUGAGAAACUGAGGGAGGCUCUCAGUCAUACAUCUGGUAACAAAAGGCAGUCCAGUUCUUUGACCGACCUCACCUUGGACAGUACCUGGGAUCAACAAAAGCCUCACUUAUUUCCUAAAUCCCGCUUGAGGCCAAAAAGUGCUUCAUCUCCCUGGAUUCCUUCCAUCACCAUCCCUCAGCCUUUCAAAAUGACACUGCGGGAAGCUCGCAAAAAGUCUGAGUUGAUGAAGUCAUACAUGUUUCUUGAACUAGACAAACAGAGAGACAAAAGGCAAAGCCAGGAUGAAGCCGAAUGUCAGAAACAAUUCCGGGCACAGCCUGUACCUGCCCAUGUGUUUCUGCCCCUUUAUCAGGAAAUAAUGGAGCAGAAUGAGAUUCGCAGGCAAACAGCAACGCAGAAAAGAAAGGAGCUGCUACUUUCAACACAGCGGCCCUUCAGUUUCCUGGAGAAGGAGGAGAAAAAGAAAGAAGCUAUCAGACAAAAAUUCCUGUCAGCAGCAACCCCAAAUGAGAGCUCCAAACAGAAGCAAGACAGUAAAAAAGUUCCUAAAUCUACUUACCACCCACUUCUUGGAAAUAAACUCAAAGAAGCUGAACUCUACAGAGAAAUCCGCAUUCAAAUGAGAGCAAAGGAUUUGCUUGAGAGCUCAGUGGCUCCAAUAGACACCAGCAACUGUCGGAGGGAGCCUCAGUCCCGAACUGCCACCAGAACCAAGCAGGAAAGGCUUGGCUUCUUGCAGGACAAAAGUUUCAGCUUCAAGCCAAGGAUUAAUCCAACAAUACCGGAUUUUGAAGAACUUUACUGGGCAUUUCAGAAGGAAGCAGUAAGGAGACAAGAAAUCAAAGAGCCAACUCGUAGUAAGCCAUUUAAGCUAAGAACCUCCAAUCUCCGUGCCAGGCAGAGGCAGGCUAAUGAAAAGAUAAAGGAUUCUGAGAAGCUUUCCAAGGUUUCAAUGGGAAGAAGUCAUUCUCUGACCAGACUUUCUUCUCUCUCUUCCAACACCCUUCCAGUGCAUAUUACCGAUGCAACUAGAAGAAGGGAAUCUGCUAUUAGACACUCCCAAGUUAACAAAAAGGAAGGGGACAAAGAAGGAAUUAAUUGGCUGGAGAAACAGAAAAUGAAAUGUCAAGCUAUGCAGAAGUCAGUGAACAGCCGAGCAAAAGCAUUGGAUCCUCAUAAAAGUCUGGAGGAAACACACAAGGAGAAGUUGAAACAGAACCGGCAAAAUAUGAGAGAGAGAACAAAAGAAUACAGAAAGGAGCUGGAAGAAAUGCAGCUUCGAGUCAAGAGCAGACCAUACCUCUUCGAACAGGUCACCAAGUGUCAGUUAGGACUCGGACACAAGUAUGCUAGUCUGGUAAGACUGGAAUGCAGUAUAAGGAGAAUAGGAGAAGGAAGAAAAAAAGAACAGAAGCAGGAAAAGGUUGGCCUGAGCGAAGAAUUUGUAAGAAGAAAAGGGAAAGGUGCCACUGACUUGCUGGAAGAAGAAUCUGAUGUUCACAGAGUGCCCAAGCCUCCGGGUGAAAAGGACGACUGUACUGUACAGGAAGGAGUAGUACCUCAGGAGGAGCAGAGCAGAAAGGAACCAGCAGCAUAAGAGCUAGCAGAAGAAUCCAUUGAUCAUCUCUUGAUUUUUUAAAUCCAGGAUUCUCCAGGUUAAUCCUCAGGAACUUAAUGUUUUAAGCUGACACCUAAGAAUGGCUCUGGGGUAAGUGAGAUGGGAGAAUUUAGUAAAGGAAAAAAAGACCAACUGUUGUUUUGAGCAUGUCUUGUCCAAGCCAGCAAAGCCUGCAGCCUCCCUUAGUCUUCACAAGUGUUCCUUGUGUGAGCCAUUUCCCUUUCUUUAAUGGGCAACAAGUUAAAAAGGUUGAAGCACUAUAUUUGGAUAAGUGUAGAUAUGAAAGAUUGAAGAGGUGCAUCCUCUAGUGUCAGCUCCUUGCAUUCAUGCCACAGAAGCACAUUGGAAGAGGAGAAUGCCCUUUAGUGUGCUAAACCUUGGUUUAGACAUAUAUGUGGUAGAAUGCUUCCAAACAAGGUAUUUCUACAAAAACAAAUACCGGGAUUUGACCUACCUUGGGAGAAGACUCAGAAGGAAGUCUUUCUCUGGAGUUAACUCUUCGUUCAGUCACUAGUCCCUAGUAAGAAGCAAUAGUCUUCCUAUAUUA